AUGGUCAUGUCUGAAGCCAGCAAGGAAACCAAGGAAGGGGCACAAUCGGCAACAAUCCAGGAGUCCUCAAUUGAUGUAGAGACCGGGAAACUUCCGACCCCUCGCGCUGAAAAGGACGAAUCAACGCAACAUUCCAAUGACGAAGACAAAGAUGGUGGUCAUAUGGACGAAAUAACCUCAGCUGUGACAGUUUACGAUUGGCUCUGGGUACCAAUGCUCUUGCUAGCGCUGAUAAUCUUGGGUGUGUUUGUCUAUGCAGUGGCGGCAGGAGGUGAGAUCGACAAAGACAGCAGUGUUCGGAAAUACCCGCACAAUAUUUAG